CGCAGUCGCAGUCGCAGACGGCAGGCAGAUCUCUCCCUCCCCUCGUGGAGAGAUGGCGGAGGAGAGGAAGCGGGUGCUGGUGGUGGGCGGCAGCGGCUACCUGGGCCAGCAUCUCCUCGCCGCGCUCGCCCCCGCCACCGAUCGCCUCGACGUCGCUUUCACCCACCACAACCAGGCCCCGCCGCAGCUGCUCCUCGAUGCGCUCCCCUCCGUCCGCGCCUUCCGCGCCGACCUCCGCUCCGGCGACGGCCUCGAGGCAAUCUCCGCGUCCUUCGGACAGGUGCGCUUCUGCAUUCCCACCGCACCUAGCUCCAGCAGUAGCGGCCUUCCGGCCUCGUGCCUGCGUUUGCAUGUGGGACUGGUUCAUUUGCAAAUUGCGAGUGCGUGCGCCUGCCCGUUGGUAGUGUAUUACAAUGCUGUUCAAACUAUUUUAUCUGCGGUACAUUCUAUAUUGAUGAAGUGCGUAGUGAAAUUUUGCUCUCCUGUACUAACAGUUUACGAGGGGGUGAAAUCCUUCUACAAAGAAGAGGACGAGACAUUGCCGGUGAACAUGUAUGGAAAAUCUAAAGUUGCUGCAGAGAAAUUCAUUGUUGAAAAAUGCUCAAACUAUGCAAUCUUGAGAAGCAGCAUUAUUUACGGACCACAAACAGUAUCUCCUGUGGCAAAAUCCCUUCCCAUUCAGUGGAUGGAUAGUGUUCUUUCACAGGGCCAACAAGUUGAAUUCUUUAAUGAUGAAUUUCGGUGCCCUGUUUACGUCAAAGAUAUGGUGAAUGUAAUAUUGUCUUUAGCGAAAACUUGGCUAUCAGAUGGCAAAAAGGUCCAGGUCCUUCUCAAUGUCGGUGGUCCGGAUAGGGUUUCAAGACUGCAGAUGGCCGAGUCUGUUGCUACUGUUCAUGGAUAUAACCACAAUACAAUCAAAUCUGUAUCUGCGUCAUCGGUUAACCGCGGGGUAGCUUCUCCAUCAGACAUAUCCAUGGAUAUCACCAAGCUAACCCAGAUGCUAAGUAUCAAGCCAAUCUCAUUUCAAGAUGGUGUCAGAGCUACAUUUGAUGCAGAAGCUAGUUAAUGAUGCUUUCUCAACAGUUUGUUCCAGCUCCUAAGAGAGUUGCUUCUACUGAACGUGGAUGCAUGACAAAGAAUCACAAUUAGUUUGCAAAAAUUGCAGCUGGGGUAAAUUAUGUUGGGUCUGGGUGACAUAUGUAACGUUGUAUUCACUAAACACUAACGCCAUCAUCGGUGUUACAGCUUGGUUGUACCAUUCUGAAUAAAAAUGGUAUUAUUUUUUUAAAAAAAAUCAGAAGUCUGUAACUGUAUUCUACAUGUAUAAUUGUAUAUUGCUAAGAGUUACCAUCAAUGAAGAA